GUCAUCCAGUGGAAAGAAUCUCUCCUUCGUGCCAGGUGCUCCGUUCACUGGGGAAUUUUUUCAGCUGAUCAUCUCUCUGUUUGGACGGCUUUCGUUAUAUUCUUAUUGAAUCCUGGAUGCCACAUGGUCAUGAAGUAAUAGAAGCAACCGUUGAGGCCCUCCAGCUGACCUGUAGUAGAGUCCUGGCUGUGGGGCUGUGUUGUUGGUGGGCCAGAUCUAUGUGAGUGAGAGGUGAUGAAGUCCAGUAUGAGGCAGUGGCGGAGGCUGGUGCUGGUGGGGAUGCUGGCCUGGGUGCUCCUCUUCCUCGGCCUCCUCUCCUACUUCCUGGAUGCUCGUGUGAAUGAGCCGCUGACCUCUGCUGGCUCUUCACUCUCACAGCACCCUGACACGCGUCGCCUGGCCUCCAUACAGGCCCCCAAUCAACAGCGACCAAACAGACACGAACUGGCUUCCACCUUAACGACGACCUCCCCCCGAGGUGAGCCGGACCCCGACCCCUCUGCCAGAUUCCCGACCCCCGACCCCAGCCUGGAAGUGAGCCGCAGCCCCGACAGCGCCCCCUACCAGGACUACCUGGACCCUCGGAGCCUGGCUGCCUGGUCCUCCUUCGGCACAGAAAACGUGGGUUCUCACUCGGACCCUUCAAUCCAGAGUCGGGAGAGGAUCGCCCACACAGAGUACCAGAACAGGGGCUACCAAGGUGGUGGUGAGGAGGAGGAGGAAGAAGAGAUGGAUAAUGAAGUUGAAGGAAACAGAAGGCUGGGCGGUGACUCCUCAGAUCUGGAGGAGUUUUACUUCUCAAAGUCGGUCUCUUUGGUGCAGCGGCUGUGGAGGGGUCGAGCGUCCGCCGGCAUGCUGAGCCCGCGGCUGCAGCGCGCCAUGAAGGACUACGUCAGCGCCAACAAGCACCACGUGUCCUACACGGGGCGCCGCAGGGCCACCCAGAGCGCCAAAGAGCUGCUGUGCCAGAUGAAGGCGCAGGCCCGGCUCCGGACGGUGGACGGGUCGGAGCCGCCCUUCUCCUCCCUCGGCUGGGCGCGCCUCGUGCCCUCACUCCCUCUGGAGAAACUGCACCAGAACGCCUUCAAGACCUGCGCCGUGGUCACCUCCGCCGGGGCCAUCCUGCGCUCAGGACUGGGCAGAGAGAUCGAUAAUCAUGACGCAGUGUUACGGUUCAAUGCUGCGCCGACAGAGGGAUACGAGCGAGACGUGGGGAAUAAAACCACCAUCCGCAUCAUCAACUCACAGAUUUUGGCCAAUCCCAGGCAUCGUUUCAACUCGAGCUCCAUUUACAAGAAUGUGACUCUGGUAGCCUGGGAUCCUGCACCUUACACCGUCAACUUACACCAG